UCUAAUUAUGGAUACUUAAAGUCGCCAUUUCCUUUUCGAUCUUUAUUUAUUUAUUAUUUGGACGUUUAUUGUCGAGGCCGGUUGCUAAGUUUUGUACAUUUUAUUAUUGCUCAAAUGGUUAGCACAGUAUGGAGUUGAGGAAAAGUAACUAAAAAAGAAUAAAAGUGCACCCGGAAGUUAUUAUGGUGCUCGCUCCAUUUGACUGGAAGGAGUGAUUACAUAUACAUGCUACAAUGUGGACAGACAAGCAAAGAGGAAUCCGACUUUCUCAGGAGGAACUUCUGUGCAAGAACUCCUGCGGCUACUAUGGCAACCCCGCAUGGCAAGGCUUCUGCUCCAAGUGCUGGAGGGAGCGAAUGCGUCCCGCCGAAGCCCACAGACAAGGCGCCAGACCGAGCAGUGAUGCAACACCGCCGACCUUCUCCAAAUUUGAGGAGAAGAAAAAUAUGGAGAAGAGCCGUCGUAUCAACACUAUGAGGAGACUCUUCUGGGGCGGCCCGUCCCCUCCUAAGCAAGAGCCUACUGAUAGCCACAUGAGUGUGUUGAAAGCCUUCCAGAACCUCCAACCAGGAGACUUUACUGGCUUCCUGAAGAUACUUCGCAGCCCAUCCUCCCAGCGGCUGCAGUCCAGAUGUACAACCUUCCUCAAUACCAUGGAAGCUUACCAUGAUCUGCCGGUACAGAAGCAGUCAGACCUUGUGCAAGAUUUCUACCAGUCAUAUGCGGAAUAUUUCAGCAGUUUUUCAGAAGCUGAGCUCACACAGACGAUGGAGCACGUGGAGAAGCUCAUCAUGACCCGCUUGCACAAAUGGGUCUUCUGCCACGACAGCUGUGAUGAUGAGCAGAAGGACCUGGCUCUUCAAAGGAGGAUUCGUUCUUUAACCUGGGUCACCCCACAGAUGCUCAGUGUGCCUUAUCCUGAUGCACAGAGUCCAAUCACAGGCGACCCAUUUCUUCCUGCUAUAACAGCCAUUAUAGAGAUGGAUGCUAAGCGGGCGCCUCAGGACAAACUGGUGUGCGUGUCGAAGUGCAGCCAGCACGUCUUCGAGGCGCUCUCCAACUCCAACAGCGAGCCGGCCAACGCUGACGACUUCCUGUCCGCCCUGGUGUACGUGGUGCUCAAGGCCAACCCGCCCCGCCUGCACUCCAACAUGCAAUACGUCAUCCGCUUUGGCCUCCCUCACAGUCUCAUGGCCGGGGAGAGCGGCUACUAUUUCACCAACCUGUCUUGCGCGGUGGCCUUCAUAGAAAAACUGGAUGGACCAGCCCUCAAUCUGAGCCCGGCCGAGUUCGAAGGUUACAUGAGGCACCGACGGGGCCUGGGCGCCGCAGGAAGCGCGAGGCAGCAGGCAGCGGAAGAGACGCAGCACCUGCUGGACGAGCUGACGUGCCGGCAGGAGAAGCUGGACCGCGGCGUGGACGCGCUCAACGUGCAGCUGCAGAAGUGGGUGCAGGCGGUUCAUUCCCAGCUGGACGAGGCCGUCGCCCAGUUCGCCACGGAGCAGAAGGAGCUGACGGAGUCAUCUUUGUCAUCGUUGUCGUCGUCGUCUCUGGAUUCUACGCCAACGGGAGAAGACAAGACAGAAGGUGGUGCUUACUGAUCAAUAUGCGAGGCCGAAUGACUCGGACUGUUAAUCAAAACCUCCCAUCUGGUACGUGAUUUUUUUUUUCUUACACAAAGCCUCAGCACUGAUGUUGGUAGUGUUGCUAAAUGAUUGUCAUGAUGAAGGAUAGCACAAAGCACACGGUGGUGAGGACGGAGCUUAUACACUUUCUAAACAUGAACAUUUUGCACUUGGUUCCUAAUGUGUGACAAUGAAGGCACCUCUCAACACAUUCCAAUGUAAUUACAAGCAAUACUGUAAUAAGCACUCAGGUUGUCCACAACACAAAUAAUCUAACCAAUGUGCCUAUAUAAAAAUGUGAAAUUCAUAGGAAAAAGUGUUGCAGGGUCUGUUUUGACAAACUGGUCUUUUAUCUUUACGAUCCGCGGGAACAUGAAGUAGCUAACCUCUAAUGGACUAACAGUCUGUGCUAGUGUGCAGGUACACAUUAUUUCCACAUUGUUGGCAAAAUCAAAGUGGGGUUGUGUCAUAAUAAAUGAUUGUAUAUUAAACGCGACAUGUGAUUAAAUGUGUUUUUGAGG